CGGCGGCGGCAGCGGCAUGGCUUCGUCGCAAGGGAAGAGCGAGCUGCGGCUCGCCGACUGGAUGGCAGCUCUGCCCGACAGCAUCCGCCGCGCCCCGCUCACCAACCUGGCCAUCCCAGGGUCUCAUGACUCCUUUAGCUUCUACAUCGAUGAAGCCUCUCCGGUUGGACCUGAACAGCCAGAAACUGUCCAGAAUUUUGUCUCUGUAUUUGGGACUGUGGCUAAAAAGCUGAUGAGGAAGUGGUUGGCUACACAGACAAUGAACUUCACUAGCCAGCUGGGGGCAGGUAUACGAUAUUUUGAUCUUAGAAUUUCCACCAAACCCAGAGACCCGGACAAUGAGCUCUACUUUGCUCAUGGUUUAUUCAGUGCCAAAGUCAAUGAGGGCCUGGAAGAGAUCAAUGCGUUUCUCACUGACCACCCCAAAGAAGUGGUCUUCUUGGACUUCAAUCAUUUCUAUGGGAUGCAGAAAUAUCAUCAUGAAAAGCUUGUCCAAAUGCUCAAAGACACAUACGGAAACAAAAUGUGUCCUGCUAUAUUUGCCCACGAAGUAAGCCUCCAGUACCUGUGGGAAAAGGAACACCAAGUGUUGGUGUUUUAUCACAGUCCAGUGGCUCUCGAGGUACCAUUUCUCUGGCCAGGUCAGAUGAUGCCAGCACCCUGGGCAAACACGACAGAUCCAGAAAAACUGAUUCAGUUUCUCCAGGCCUCAAUCACUGAAAGAAGAAAGAAGGGCUCCUUUUUUAUAUCUCAAGUAGUGCUGACGCCAAAGGCUAGUACAGUGGUGAAAGGGGUUGCUAGUGGUCUCAGAGAAACAAUCACAGAAAGAGCUCUUCCUGCAAUGAUGCAGUGGGUCCGAACUCAGAAACCAGGAGAAAGUGGUGUAAAUAUUAUCACUGCAGAUUUUGUAGAACUUGGUGACUUUAUCAGCACAGUCAUAAACCUCAACUAUGCCCUGGAUGAAGGUAAAGAGCAAAACUAAACAUGUUUACAGUGUUUGAUAAAAGAAGGCCACUUACAUGUUUUCCAUGAGGUACCAAAUGUGAUUCGUAUGUCUUCUGCGGUUAUGAACAGUGCCAAGAAAUCUGCUGCAUUCAGAGCAGUGAGAUGUAUACUGCCCUCUCUGCCCACAGCAGGAUUCCCAUAGGUGUGAGCAUUACACUGGGAGAUUAAGGACAGUAUAUGUGGCCCUAAAAUUUUGAGUUGCUACACUUCAUCUGUCAGAUGAUGUAACUGAUCGUAUUUAUCAAUGAGCAACAGGUUUAAAUACCUUUGUGAAAUAAAUAUAAAGUAAUGCCUCCAACAUACGCAUAAUCAGUGGAGAGUAAACAUGAUGUAUUAUGUAGCUUGCACAGAGCGCAGACUGAAUCCUGCUUGCUUUUCCUUCUCACAGUGGGGUUUUCCAAUGUCUCUGCCCUGUGUAAAGUCAGCAGUUAUGUACUGCUAGCCGAACUCUGUACUAAAUGCUGCCAUCGUGUAUUUUCCAUGGUUUUAGCAGGAUUGAAGUCAGGCCGGCUUGGAGCACCACUCUCUCUCAGGAUUAAUCUUGUAUGUCUGAUCCAAAGUCCAGUGAAUUUAAUAGGAAAUUUUCCUUUGUUUUGAAUGACUUGGGCUUCGGAUCAGUAUACUGUGUGCACUGUAGGGUGGGCAGGAUUAGGUCUCAUAGUGGAAAUGUGCAUUCUGCAGGAUUAAAACUACACUUCAAAAAAAAAAGUGCAGCCUAAGCUUCUCUUUAAGGCAGCUAUGAACACAAAACUUCUUUGCUGAUUACAAAGAAAAAAAUCAGUGCCAAUUUCAUCAGUGAAAAAUUGCUGUACUAAAGAGUGGAGUAUUUCAAUAUCUAGCUAAUAACAUUAAACUAUAGUCCUUACAUUGUUCCUGAGAAAUAAUAGAGCUUAACAAAAGGUUGGAAGUACACUGCAUGGCACUGUUCUGGUGGCAGAAUCUCUGAUCACCCUACUUUUAAUGAAACAUGUAAAACUCAAAUAUAUGGAAAAUGUAGUGAGUUGUAAAACGAGAGCAUUGCCACUGUAUGAUGCCCAACUGGAUACAAUGUGGUCAUAUGUCUUUGAUAUAUCAAUGUGUAUGCACACAACUUCUGAAAGCCAAACAUUUCAUUUAUGGGAAAUGAUAGAUUCCGUAAGGUCUUACAAGGAAAAUCCUCCCUGAAAUAUUGCAGGGCUUUAUAGGAUAAGACUAGGGUCAAGUUUCCAUUGAUACUGCUAGAACUCUUGCUUGAGUGAGAAGAGAGAAUGGCAUCUUAUGAUCCCUUGCUAUUUUCCGUCGGAUGAUAAGGACUACCAUCUCAAAGAUCAUCAGAUCACAGAAAAACAAAAAUGGUCUCAUCAAAGAGGUGGGUUUUUCUUUUUUGUUUUUGUGGCUUUUUUUAUUAGUUUAUGAAGAAGUGGAAUAAAAUGAACGCUUGCUGCUAUUUUGCACAGAGAGGGUGCCUUGGAAAAAGUGUGUGUGUGUAUGUAUGUGAGUAAACUAUAAAGACACAUUUAAAUGUAUGUAUGUGAUACAACGACAUCCAUGCACACUUGCUUAAUGGUAUUCUGGUUUCUAGACAAGAGUAUUGUAAAUUUGGUUAAAGAAAACAGCGCAGGUGUUACGAAGUUGUGAUGCCUCCUUCAGUAGCAGUUUUUUGUGUAGAGAUUAGGACCAUAAGAUUCAUCCUCAGUGAAAUCUGUGAUCCAAGUCAGUUAGGUUUUUUUACAGCAUUAAAAACUUGUCUCAAAGUGACCCCAAAAUUCACCAAGAGUCACACCCCAUCUUUGCAUUGAAAAAGGCCUAGGACUUGGGGUUUUCACCCACAAUUCAGCAAAAUGUGUGUGUGUUGGCGGGGAGGGGGCUGGAGGGAGAUGAUGCACUUUUUUUUCAGUUGCCACAUACUCUCCAAGCAAAAUUCAUGUAAUGGACACGCAAAAUGAAACAAGAGCGUAUAUUUUCUUUGUGCAAAUUGGAAACUUGUGUAUUUUGCACAGUUCCCGAAGCAGUACCUUUUCUUCUGUAUGGGGUGUCCCAUAUAGAGACAUGAAAAUGUUUGCUUAUUUAUUAGAGAUGUGACAUGAAAAGGUCUUUUCAUUCUUCUUCUUAGCUGGAUUUGUUUGCUUCCAGAUUUUCCUGUCAUUCUUCAGUUACUUAAAUGUAGUCAAAACAUUUAAGCUCCCUAUAAUAUGGCAAAAUAAUCUGAAUAUUACUGAAUAUGUGUGGGGAAAAAUGUUUUCCUUUUUUUGGAUUCUGAUUGAAAUUCUGCUGAAUCUGA